AUGAUUUCUGCCACUGCAUGGGUUCCAAGGGGUUUUCCCAGCGAAUUCCCUGAAAAGUAUGAGCUGAACGACGAGGAGAUGGCACGGAUCGAAGCUAUGUCCGAACUGCAUCUAGGAGACGCCAGGGCCACGCUUGAAGAGGCUCAGGGCGCCGAGGAAGGCAUUCAGUCGCAGCUGGAAAUAGAUGACGAUCUAAGGGAAUACGAUCUAGAGCAUUACGAUGAUGACGAGUCUGCGGACAUUGAUCCCGACUCUGGAGAAGCUCUCUCGAUGUUCCCAGGAUUAGCUAACAACUCCAGAGCCAAGAUGCACACGGGCGAGGAUGGCCAGGCACACGUGAGUCUCGGAGAUGCGAACAACGAAGACGAAGACGAUGAUGACAUUGAGCUUGCAGAGGAAGAUGAAGAGGAACGCCAGAUGGAGAAGGCCGACCUACAGGUGCUUCCUACAGACAACAUGGUUCUAGCGGCCAAGACCGAAGACGAUGUGUCUUAUUUGGAGGUAUAUGUUUACGAUGAUGGAGCUGAUGAAAAUACUCAUGGAGUGGCCCCAGGUCAUGUGCGUGAGGCCAGUUUGUAUGUGCAUCAUGACCUGAUGCUACCAGCUUUUCCAUUGUGUGUUGAGUGGGUCAACUUCAAGCCAAGAGAGGCUGCAGAUUCGGAAAAUAUUGGCAACUUUGCCGCGAUUGGUACUUUUGACCCCACAAUCGAAAUAUGGAACCUUGACAGCAUUGACAAAGCGUUUCCAGAUGUGAUUUUGGGCGAAACCGACGAGUCGACCGGUGUGCUCUCCAAGAAGAAGAAGAAGACCAAGAAGAAUGCUAAGCAUGUAACCACACACCACACAGAUGCAGUCUUGUCUCUAGCUCAUAACAAGGCAUAUCGUUCUGUACUGGCUUCGACGUCGGCAGAUUCCACUGUUAAGCUAUGGGAUUUGAACCAGUGUGUGGCAGCCAAGUCUGUUGCAGGCCUCCACGGUGGGAAACAUGUCUCGAGUUCCACCUGGGUUCCUGAAGAGGGGUCAGUGCUUUUGACCGGUGGAUAUGAUGGGUUUGCAGCCCUUUCUGAUGUGAGGAUCGAGGGUGAUUCCGGAGUCAAGCGCUGGGGCGUUAACGGAGAAGAUGUAGAGACCGUCACAUGGGCCAGAGACUCACAGUUUUAUGUGGGAACCGACCACGGAAAUGUCUACUGUUUCGAUGCUCGUGGAGAGGACAAGCCAGUUUGGACCCUGCAUGCUCACGAUUCCGGAAUCACGAGUUUACAGUCUAAUUCUGCGGUUUCUGGAAUGAUUCUCACCAGUGCUAUGUCCGAUAAAGCGGCCAAACUGUGGAAGGUCCAAGGAAAUAAACCUUCGAUGAUUUUAAGCCGCGACUUUGGCGUCGGAAAUGUCUUGACAGCCUCUUUUGCGCCUGAUCUCGAGGUUGCCGGAAACGUUGUGAUUGGAGGAGCCACAGCCCAAGGGUUGACUAUGUGGGAUGUAUUCAGCAACCGGUCUGUGAGGGCUGCGUUCAAGGAACCUCUUGCCGAAUUACAGGCGCUGGCAGCCGACAAGGCGAGCCAGAGCGGCUCGAAGUCGAGAUUGGCAAGCAAAUACAGAGGUGAUUUUGACGAGGUGGUUGUGGUUGUUGGGCAGGACGAUGAAGAUGAUGAUGACGAGGAAUAG